CCACGAGGAGGCGCGGCUUUAAAAGGAAGCGGCUGGUGAGGGAGUUGCAGUGGUCGCCAUGAAGCUGCUGAGUUUCCUCGUCUUCGUCUUGGCGUGUUUGAGCGUCGCCUUCUCGGACAACGAAUGCUCACCUUUGGUGACGCCGCUGUCCCUGGACGACCACCAAAAGAUCUUGGGCACGAGGACCUUCAUCUCGGGCUACACGGACCAUGACGUCUACAACGCCAUCCUCAAGAUCACCGAAAGCACUCGCAUGACCUUCAGCGAGUCGGCAGCUUCGAAGGACGUGGUCGUCUACGAGGAGAUGCGGAUGAACGGAACCUGCUACGGAACCAAGCUCAACAUCAGCAUCCAACACGACGUGGCGUCCACAGCAGUGGCCAACAUCUCCUCCUCCUUCCACCUGCUGCCCACCUGUGACGGCUGCCUUGUCCUCAGCAUCAACAGCUCCGCCCACCACUUGAGCAGCUUCCUGGAGGCCUUCCACAUCCACAUGCCCCAGGACAUCGCCAUCCCCGAUGUCGUCAACGUGCACGCCGUCUACCUCUUUGCGGGCGGGGACCACGUGAAGGACGCGGACCUGGACCACUUCAAGAAGCAGGCUCACUGCUUGGGAUUCUCCGGAGAACCCAACUUCCUGUUUGACCCCAAAGAAGGUUUCUGCGAUGGCAGCAAAAUCACCAUGCUCACCUGAAACUGCCAUUAAACACCUUCUCCUCUCA